AAUGUGGAUGGAAUUCAAAAAUGCAUUAUCAUUCUACAUAGAAUAUAGAUAAGCGCCUUUCUUUAAAUAAACUAAAGGUGUGAGAGCUCAGACAACGCAAAAAAAAAUCAAUCAAAAAAGUAUUUUAGGUAUCUGCUUUGUGCACUGCUAUGAUAUUUGGGACCUAAAGAGAAAAAAGAUUCCAUCAACGUUGUUUAAAAAUGUAUAUAAUAUAUAAUACCCUAUUUUUAAGUAUCCUAUUUGA